AUGAACGACGAUGAAUUUGUAUGUAACUGUAUAAAACCAGGAACAUUUGGCAAAUAUUGUGAAUAUCAAUUGACACAUGAAGCAAAAUCAUUCGCAGAAACCAUUGAAAUCCAGUUCGGACAAAAAAACUUACUUAAUUCAUGGAAUACCCAACGCUAUGGAAAGAUUAUUUGCUAUGAAACUUUACCCUGUUAUUCAGGAGAUCUAUGUCUCGAUUGGCGAGAAAUAUGUGAUGGUUUUUCUAGAUGUCUGAAUGGAAUCGAUGAAGAAAAUUGGGAUAAACUCGAAUUCAAUGAAUGUGAAAAUGACGAAUUUCGAUGCACCAAUGGUAUGUGCAUUGCCGAAGAAUUCUGGCUGGAUGGUGACUACGACUGUAUGGAUUGGAGUGAUGAAUAUUUUCAAGGUUAUGGUCAAUGGUGUUCGUUCAAGCCGAAUUCAAUCGAAUGCGAUGAACAUUUAUGUGUAUCAGGUAUGUACUCUUGUGGUGAUGGGGAAUGUAUCAAUUGGCAUACACGCUUAGCAUUUCAACGAUAUGGACUAGCUGAAGAUGAUUGUUUUACCAAACGCAAUCUAAAUUACAUGUGCGAAGCUGGUCCACAUCGAUCAACUUGGACAUUGGACAAUGGACUUUGUUGGCCAGAUCCAAACUAUGAUGAUUAUCGUUAUCCGUCUAGAAAUAUGACUGAUGAAGAAAUUUGUCAAUACUUAUUUCGAUGUUUGCUAUCCAACGGUUUUGAAUAUGAUUGUCCAUGUAAUCGUCUCAACUGUACAUCAAUGCUAAUAGAUAUAUGUCCGAGAGAUGAUCGAUUGAUUCUUUAUCCACCUGAGGGAUUGAUCAAUUCGAAUGUUUUGUUUUUUUAUAAUCUAAGCGAGUCGACGGAUAACCCCAAUUUCCAAAUAUUUGCAUUACAUCGAAAUCAACGAUGUCGAGGCUUUGUUUUUGAGGCUCAUGAACCAUAUAUUAUACCGUUUGAACAUGGAAUUCUGACCACUGCUCGAUCGAAUCAUGUACUUUGUACGUUGAAUGAUUCGAAUGUCGGAUUUCGGAAUCCAAACUCCUCAUUUCGACAUGAUCCAUUCUGUUGGAAUGAUUCCUUAACUUUCAAUGGUCGUCCCUAUGCAGUUCAACUUGAUAUGUGCGAUGAAGCAGGUGAAUGCAUUUCACAAUAUCGAAUUCGUGAUCGGUCAUACGAUUGUCUAAAAGGUGAAGAUGAACUGAAAAUUGUUGAGAAGAAUUUUUGUACAGGUAACGUUGGUCGACAACGUUUUCAGUGUUACAAUGACAAAAACCAAUGUCUUCCAUUGAUCUACUUGGGUUCAGCAACAACCGAAUGUUCAAACAGCUAUGAUGAAAUGUGGUAUGGUACAGAUGCACCACUUCAAACACAAUUACCAUGUAGAAAAUAUGACAAAGAAAGUUGCUCUAAUGCAAAAGAAUACAUUCGAAAAUCAUCAAUUAGAAACUGGACUUUAAAUAAUGACAUCAUGGAUGCAGCUUUGCACAGAAAAUGGAUGGUUUUUCGUUGGUAUUGUGAUAGUUGGUGGAAUUUAGCCAAUCAUACCGAUGAAAUCCAUUCGUCAUGCCAAUAUUGGGUUUGUCAAAAUCAUCGAGAUCAAUAUCAAUGUCGAUCAGGACAAUGUAUUGAUCUUGAGUGGGUUUGUGAUGGUGAAUGGGAUUGUGCUGAUGCGUCAGAUGAAGAAGGAAUUCUACUCAUCGACGAAUGGUCGCCUCAUAACGCUCGUUUGCCUGAUAUAGAUCGUCGUCGUCAACAAUGUCGAGAAUAUUAUCUGCAAGCACCGUUCUCGACGAUUUGUAAUAUUUCUUUCGAAUUUGGAUGUUAUCGAGCAAAUGUAACCGAUCCAUUGAAUAUUGAAAUUAAUCGUCCAUGCAUUAAUCUCACACAAAUUGGCGAUAAUAAAGAACAUUGUUACAAUGCUUAUGACGAGAAAAAUACAUUUUCUGCAAAUGCUGGCUCAGGUGAUAUUUGGGGUUUUCAUUUUCGUUGCGGCAUCAAGCAUAAGAACUAUGUCGAUGCAUGUGAUUCGGGCUUAGAUCAGAAUUUAUGUUUUGAAGCAUUAGACCAAUAUUUUUUAACUAAUCCUCGUCUUUAUUUCCGACAAAUGAGCACCUUAAAAUUUGCACGUUAUUCAAUCAUUAUAGCAAGUAUUUUAUGCAUUUUACAGGCAACACCUUAUAUUAUUUUUUAUACUAUUGUUUCUCCAUUUGGUUGUAUAAUAAUUAAUGAAGAUUUGAAAUAUUAUUAUUCUUUUGUUUAUUAUAUUUUUUUAAAUGGAUGUCUACCAAUUUCAACUUCAGCCACAUUCAGUUUAUUAGCCUAUCGCAAUGUUCGUCGUAUAAUUCGACAACAAGUAUCAAUUCAACGUCGAAAACUUGAUCAGCAGUUGACAGCAAUGAUCUUGUUCCGAGUCAUUAUGUUUGUUGCUGUUCUAUUAUCAUUCACACUAUAUCGAAUCUAUGCAGUCAAAAACACUGCAUAUCCAGUUUGUAGUCUUCAAUAUGCGAUAGUUCAAUUAAUUACAACAAUCGUUGCAUUAAUAAUGAUUUCUAACUAUGCUGUAAGCUUACUAUUAUUAUUAUUAUUAUUCCUUUUAUUUAAACGUUUAGAAUAA